AAACCCAAUAAAAAGGGAGUGCGGCCAGCAGACUUGCGCUCUUUUCAAAGCCUCUCGUCUCCUCUCCAUAAAUCUCUCACUCAACGCAGAGCGAAUAGGCGGAGACUUCCAAGAAUCUAUCGCAUCAGCUAAUCACGGUCUAAAGAAUGGAUCAGGUUCAACACCCAUCUAUCAUGCAGAAGGUAGCAGGCCAGCUCCUUCGUUCUAGCCAUUCUCAAGAUUUUCAAGGUUAUAAUGGGUCUUUCAGGAGUCCUGCUCUAUACCAAAGGCGUGCUGCAUAUGGCAAUUACUCCAAUGCUGCUCUGCAGCAUCCUGUCCGGGCUUUUGGAGACCUGUCUAUGGUUCCAUCAACAGCUUCUGCUAUUUGCGUUCAGGCUCCUGCUGAGAAAGGAUUUAGCAGCUUUGCUAUUGAUUUCCUCAUGGGUGGAGUUUCUGCUGCUGUAUCAAAAACAGCUGCUGCACCAAUUGAGCGUGUUAAGCUUUUGAUUCAGAACCAAGAUGAAAUGAUCAAAAGUGGAAGGCUCUCUGAACCUUACAAGGGUAUUGGUGAUUGUUUCAAGCGAACAAUCAAGGAUGAAGGAUUUGGUUCUUUGUGGAGAGGGAACACUGCCAACGUUAUUCGUUAUUUCCCCACUCAGGCCUUGAACUUUGCCUUCAAGGAUUACUUCAAGAGGCUUUUCAACUUCAAGAAAGACAGAGAUGGUUACUGGAAAUGGUUUGCUGGGAACUUGGCAUCUGGUGGUGCAGCUGGUGCUUCUUCCCUUCUCUUUGUCUACUCCUUGGAUUAUGCUCGAACUCGUCUUGCUAAUGAUGCAAAGGCUGCAAAGAAGGGAGGAGAGAGACAAUUCAACGGUCUUGUUGAUGUCUACAGGAAAACCCUAAAAUCUGAUGGUAUUGCCGGGCUUUACCGUGGUUUCAACAUUUCAUGUGUUGGGAUCAUUGUUUACCGUGGUCUAUAUUUUGGAAUGUACGACUCUCUGAAGCCAGUGCUUUUGACUGGAAGCAUGCAGGAUAGUUUCUUCGCUAGCUUUGCUCUUGGUUGGCUCAUCACAAAUGGUGCUGGCCUUGCAUCUUACCCAAUUGACACUGUUCGUAGAAGAAUGAUGAUGACUUCUGGUGAAGCUGUCAAAUACAAGAGCUCGCUCGAUGCUUUCUCUCAGAUCUUGAAAAACGAAGGUGCCAAGUCUCUAUUCAAGGGUGCUGGAGCUAACAUCCUUCGUGCCAUUGCCGGUGCUGGUGUGCUCGCUGGAUACGACAAGUUGCAGCUCAUUGUUUUCGGAAAGAAGUACGGAUCUGGUGGUGCUUAAAUUUAGGGUGGUACUAUCUCCCUUCUUUUGUUAUGUUUUAGGUUUUAAAGAUGGCGACGAAAAGCUCGACACAUUGAGAAAUUUAUUUCGGCAAAAAAAUUCAUUAAUAAUUCAGAUUUAGGGGGGGGGGGAAGUUACUCCCUAAACGAUUUUUACAUUUGGGAUGUGAAAUUUUGAUUUACCCAUCUCGGAUUUUUGGUUUGGUUUUAAGAAAUGAAGUGAUGGAUGUUUUAUUUA